GAAAGAUAAACACUCAUUGUUUUUUUUUUGCGAGAAGACACACGGUUUCGUUCACAGGUGCGGAAUUGUUAACAAUACAAAAAGUGUGCAGUGCGAUCACCCAAAAUGUCCUGCGUGAAGAUUCGUGUCAGUUCUGUGUCCACCAUUCAGCUUAUGAUGCUGCUUAACAUCCUGCGUAGUGGAUUUGCUGUGCUGUCGGAGUUGGAGACGCCCGAGAGGGAGGCUUUUCUCAGGCCCAGACACUUCAAUCCACACCCAUUUGAAGCCACAAACGGCAUCGAUCGAUCACGCCUCGAUCGCGAAAUUCAACCCGCCUCCACGAGUAUCUUCAACCAAGGACCAAUUCAGUUCCCACCCACAAAUCAAGACACCCCUGGCAGACCCAACAAUCAUCCCUAUGCCGCCGUGGCGCUAAGGAAUCGCCAGAAGGGUCUCCAGAGAUUCGCCGGGAUUGUGAGUGAAGUGUUUAUUUUUAUCCUCCUUCGCCGUUUUACAACCCCCCCCGUUUUUUAUGCUCUCCCUCGUCAGGACAACAACAUCCUUCCCACCUACAUCACACUCUCGAGGCACGGCAAGAAGUUCUAUCCAGGCCCUCAGCAGAGAUUAGACUAUGAAGACAACAUCUAUGACGAUUACUCCUCGCAGAAGAAAAAUUUCGCCUUUUCGUAUUCCGUCAAGGAUGCCGCGUCUGGCGAUGAUUUUUCUCACACACAGCAGCAGAAAGAUGGCGCUGUCAGCGGCAGCUACAAAGUCCACUUGCCGGACGGACGGACGCAGAUUGUGCGCUACCGAGCAGACGACAAUGGCUAUCACGCUGACGUGUCCUAUAACGAGGAUAAAGUGCUUCCGGCGCUGCCGGCGCCUCGUCCGACCUUCAACUACCUCAAAGGCUUCACACCAGAUCCGCCGGAGAGCGAGCAUCAGCGCAGCUUCAAUUACAACCUCUACAUCGGACAGCCUGCGCCGCCGACACCAGCUACGCCAUACGGCAGUGUGCCAUUGUCAAAUGUCCAAAUCCAGAACUACAAUGUGGCGCCGCCUGAGGCAGUUUCCAGAGCGUCCGUUAAUGUCGCGCCCACCACGUCAGCUUCGAUUCUGCAGCCAACGUCGUACUACGUCAAGACGACGACAGUACCGCCGCCCAGGAUAAGCUUCGUGUCAACUACACCAGCCUCACCGUUCCAGGACAUCACAGUCGUAUCCGCCAGCCAGCUGCAGGCCUCGCUCAAUCCUUAUGGCGCAAAGAAGGCCACGGCUAUCGAUCCGGCGGGAAACUACGAGUACGGCAACACCGCCCCCUCCUCCACCUACGCCACCAAUUAUGACUACGACUAUGAUGGAGGAUACAAAAUUGCAGAUCAAUUAUCCUCCACGGAGGCGACAAAUAUAAAUUCCCUAGAUUCCAACAGAGUAGCUCUGUACUAUCAAGCAGCGCAGUAA